AUGAGAAAACUAGACCAUCGAAAUGUUGUCAAAUUAAAAUAUUUUUUCUAUUCUGCCGGUGACAAGAAAGAAGAAGUUUAUUUAAAUUUAAUUUUGGAGUAUGUACCUGAAACUGUUUAUAGAGAGUAUUGUUGUUGGGGCCCAUUUUUAAAAUCAACCAUUUAGUCCAAAUAGGUCAGCCAAUUGUCUCAUUCUUUGAUAAAAUAAAAAUUGCUAAUUCAAAGCAGGGAUGGGACGGGUUGAGAAAUCAGUCGGGUCGGGUUUUGGAAUUUUUCUUUGGUUGGGUUUCGGGUCGAAAAAAUGUUCGGGUUUCGUCCCAUCCCUGAUCCAAAGGAAUAAUUUGAAAAACUCUUUACUAGUCCUUUUUGUUCUUCUCUUGUCCUAAAUGCUAAUCCUUUU